UACAAUUCCAUAGAUUCCUUUGUCGAUUGAGGGUUUCCAACUAUGAAUUCAGCAAGCCGCAUGUUCUCCCAAAUUCAACAAAUCAAUAGAACCACCUACACGUACAACACGAUGAUAAAAUCCCAUAUCAGGAACUCAAAUUCAAAACCACAACUGGGUUUUGAGAUUUAUGCUAAAAUGAAAAGAGAUGGGAUUGAUUGUGAUAAUUAUACAUACCCAUUUGUGCUGAAGGCGUGUACGAUGAUAUGCGGACUGUGGGAAGGCAGACAAGUUCAUGCAGAAGUUGUGAAAGUCGGGUUUUUUUAUUCGAAUUUGUUUGUGAUAAAUGGGUUGAUUGGUAUGUACUGUAAGUGUCGCCAGAUGAGUUGUUCCAGGGUUUUAUUUGAUGGGUUCCAUGGGAAGGAUUUGGUAUCAUGGAACUUGAUGUUGAGUGGGUAUGUAGGGUGUGGUGAUAUAGUGGAAGCACAGAAGAUGUUUGAUCAAAUGUCUGAGAGAGAUGUUGUCUCUUGGUCCAUUAUGAUUGAUGGGUACGGCAAGAAACUAGGUGACAUUAUUCAUGCUCGGUCGCUCUUUGACCGAAUGCAUAAACGUGACUUGGUUUCAUGGAAUACUAUGAUAGAUUCAUACGCAAAGGUAGGUGAUAUGGUGGCAGCUCGGGAACUAUUUGAUGAAAUGGAACAUAAGAAUGUAAUUUCUUGGAGCAUUAUGAUCGAUGGCUAUUCACAGCACCAAGAUCCCAAAGAAGCAUUGAAUGUCUUCAAUCUAAUGCUUUCUAAUGACAUAAAACCCGAUAAAUUCUGUGUUGUUGGUGCUAUAUCGGCUUGUGCCCAGUUGGGUGCGCUUGAUCAAGGAAGGUGGAUUCAUAUCUACAUCCAAAAGAACAAAAUCACACUUGACGUUGUGGUGAACACAGCCCUUGUAGACAUGUAUAUGAAAUGUGGUAGCACCGAAGAGGCUCGUGCAGUUUUCGUUAGCAUGUCAGAAAGAAACGUUAUCAGUUGGAAUGUGAUGAUUUCUGGGUUCGGUAUCAAUGGUUUCGGGGACGAAGCUCUGAGUUAUUUCGAUCAAAUGCGGAAAGAAGGAAUUCAAGCAGACAAUUUGAUUUAUGUGAGCGUUCUUUCCGCUUGUAGUCAUGCAGGAUUCGUACCCGAAGGUCUUGAAAUCUUUCGGAAAAUACCAAAACCUAAAGUUGAACACUAUGGAUGCUUGAUUGAUCUUCUUGGGCGAGCAGGUAAAUUAAGACAAGCACUAAACUUUAUAGCGUCGAUGCCAAUGGAACCGAAUUCAGAUCUGUGGGGUUCUGUUCUUUUGGCAUGUCGGGUACAAAAAAACGUCGGUUUAGGUGAAUUCGUGUUGAAUAAGCUUAUGGAACUCAAUGGCGAUGAUUGUGGGGUUUAUGUUGUUAUGUCGAAUAUUUAUGCUGAUAAUGGAAUGUGGGAAGGUGUAACGGAGAUGAGGAAGAUGGUAUCGGAGAAAGGGAUGAGGAAGGAGAGUGGGAAGAGCGUGAUCGAGGUGGUUGAUGGUGGGGUCGAGGAAUUUGUUUGCGGUAAAACGGGUCGGGUUCACGGUGACGAUAUCGAACAAGUUCUUUGGAGCUUAUCAAAGAUUAUGGAUUUGGAAUAG